GUGCACUGUGUCUCUCGGACACAGCGGAUCACCUAUCACGGAAAGAGCCGAAGAUGUCGGCUCGGUCAUGUGACCAGCUGUGUCCAAUCACAGGAAACAGGGAAAUGCCAGUUAUCGGCAUUUCUCUCCUCUCGAGCUCCCGAGCAGUGCCACCUGUCAGUGUCCAUCAGUGCCUUAUAUCAGUGCUCAUCAUUGCCUCAUGCCAGUGCCCAUCAGUGCCACAUAUCAGUGCCUACCAGUGCACAUCAAUGCCACAUAGUGCCCAUCUGAGCUGCCUUUCAGUGUCACCCAUCAGUGCCAGUCAGUGUCACCUAUCAAUGCCAAUCAGUGCCACCUAUCAGUACUGCCAAUCAGUGCCGCCUAUCGGUGCCAGUCAG